UAUAGACCUUCAAAGAUAAAAAUGAACCUUGUUUCAUGGAUUCUCUUUUUAGCUUUCGUGCUUGCUAGAACCUCGGGAAAACAUGCAUAUCGAUUUCCCGAAGGAGAAUGCGGAAAGGAAGCUGAAUAUACUCCAUGUCGAGAUGGGUAUUGUUGUAGCAAUGAUGGGUGGUGCGGCAACACCGAUGACUAUUGUUCACCUGGUCACUGUCAGAGCCAAUGCCCUACUUCUCCUCCUCCUCCUUCUCCUCCUCCUCCUCCUCCUCCAAUAGCCCCACCACCACCUCCCAUAGUCCCACCCCCACCCCCAUUUCCCGAAGGAGAAUGCGGAAAGGAAGCUGAAUAUACUCCAUGUCGAGAUGGGUAUUGUUGUAGCAAUGAUGGGUGGUGUGGCAACACCGAUGACUAUUGUUCACCUGGUCACUGUCAGAGCCAAUGCCCUGCUACUCCUCCUCCUCCUCCUCCUCCAUCUCCCAUCGUCCCAACCCCAGCCCCAGCCCCAGCCCCAGCCCAAGCUUCAAACCCUACAUCUAGUGGCGAUGAUGUUAGCAGCAUCAUCACCCCAUCUCUUUUCGACAAACUUCUCCUACAUAGGAAUGAUCUCAUAUGUGAAAGUACUAACGGAUUCUACAGUUACGAUGCUUUCCUUGCUGCUGCACGAUCUUUUACUGGCUUUGGCACCACUGGUGAUGUUGAUACUCGUAAAAGGGAGAUUGCUGCUUUCUUGGCUCAAACCUCCUAUGAAACCGCAGGAGGGUGGGCAGAUGCACCAAAUGGUGCCUAUGCAUGGCGAUAUUGCUUUAUUACGGAGAUAAACAAACUCGACUAUUGUACGGAGACUGCAGAGACUGCAAAUUGGCCAUGCGCUCCAGGCAAACAAUACUAUGGCCGUGGACCCAUUCAACUCACUUACAACUACAAUUAUGGGCAAGCAGGUGAAGCCCUUGGAUAUGAUCUCCUAAACAAUCCGGAUCUGGUAGCCACAGACCCAACCAUAUCGUUCAAGACAGCGAUAUGGUUUUGGAUGACGGCGCAAGAAAACAAGCCAUCCAGCCACGAUGUUAUCACCGGAAAAUGGGUACCUUCUGCCGCAGACAUGGCCGCAAGUCGAGUCCCAGGCUACGGUGUCAUCACCAACAUAAUCAACGGUGGGGUCGAAUGUGGGCAUGGUUCCAAUGAUAAAGUGGCUAAUAGGAUCGGGUUCUAUAAGAGUUUCUGUGACGCAUUUGGAAUUAGCUAUGGUGACAACUUGGAUUGCUAUAAUCAACGUCCUUUUGGCUACACUGCUAUCCGUAUGCAUGUAAAAUAUCUAAAGAACCAUAUAAUGUAAUUGCAGGUUGGUUUUUGUGUAAAAGGCAUCCUUCCGCCGAAAGUGAAGGUCAUAAAUAAAAUUAGAAGAACCAUCCUUUUU